AUGGGAUCCGUUCAAGAAGAAAAAGCGGCGGAGGGAGCUGCUAAGACUCACGUUAGGGAGUUGAGGAAUACGGAACUGGUUUCUAGACUAUUAGCUGCCACCCCACCUUACCUGUACAGCGCGUUACCACUACAACCUCACGCCUUCUUCUUCAGCGAGAUGCUCCGAUCAUUUGUAAACGCUCGCCACGGCUGUCGACCACAGCAUUACCACCGCAGAUUCAAGCGUCGCUCCCAUAAAUACUUCGCCGAAAACGAAACGGACUGGAGGCGGGAAUGGCCCAAGCCGGAGGAAGAAAAAAAGGAACCCGAAAUACGACCUGAAGUUCCACUCGAACUAACAGUUGAUAAGCAGCCACGAAUCGGUAAUCAGUCGCCGGGAAGAAUGACUCCGAAGUCAGAACCAUCGAAAACUACUACCCCUGAACCACCAGGAAGGCAAUCUACGUUUGUUGAUGUUGGUACCGAAGAAUUACCUAAACCUGCGCCUUUAGGAAGAAAUCCAGUUGACGCUGUACCACCAUCAAACUUAAUCCUACCACCGCCACCACCUAUGUGGUACCCUCCGCUCUACAACCCACAAUUUGGGGUAGACCCAUUAAACUUCUUCAUCGAUUUGCGUGUUUCUGGUCAUAUUUAUGACCGAAAACGUGCUGAAGACACCAACAUUAGCCCAGACAUUCGAUCCAACGAAGGUUUAGAAAGACGUUUGGGCAAAGAUUUUGGACAGAAGCCAAGGCAUGUAUCAGCCUUCUCUGUACCCGCAAGAAGCCAGGAUAAUGAUAAAUACUUCGACCGAAGAUUCACAGGCAAACCGUACGGCACGUCGUACAUCAUGAGGAAUUUGAAGAGUGUGUAUGAAAAUCUGCACGCUCUCAAACAGAAUGAUGAAGCCAGGGAGAAAAUGGACAACGCAAAGGCUGAAUCAUCAGAUAUAGAAGACGAUAUUAUCGAUUAG